GCUUGAAUUUGUUUGAUAUAUAUUAUAAUAAUACAACUAGUUGUCGAAGACCCAAUAUCAUGGGAAUCGGAAUUUUGUUAAUCACAGUGUUGAUAGCCCUGCUUGGCUAUCUUUUUAUAAGACUUCGACGCAGCCAGCAGUACUGGCAAAACCUGGGCAUACCAUGUGAAUCACCACAUCCAAUAUUGGGUAACUUGAAAGGCGUCCACACUACGCGCUCGUUCACUGAGAUCUGGCUGGAAUAUUAUUCUAAAUUUCGAGGAACAGGACCUUUUGCUGGCUUUUAUUGGUUCCUGCGUCCAGCAGUUUUCAUAUUGGAACCGUUCUUGGUGAAACACAUUCUUAUUAAGGAUUUCAAUAAGUUCACGGAUCGAGGAUUCUUUCACAACCCCGAGGAUGAUCCAUUGUCUGGGCAGCUCUUUCUACUGGAUGGCCACAAAUGGAAGUCGAUGAGAAAUAAACUUUCGUCUACAUUUACUUCUGGCAAGAUUAAACACAUGUUUCCCUUGGUCGUGAAAGUUAGUGAUGAAUUCAUUGAUGUUUUCGGCGAUAUGGUUGCGAAAUCUGAGGUUGUUGAAGUAAGGGAGCUUUUGGCACGAUUCACUACAGAUGUUAUUGGAACUUGUGCCUUUGGCAUUGAGUGCAGCAGUCUCAAGGAUCCCGAAGCGGAGUUUCGCGUUAUGGGCAGAAAGUCUUUAACAGAUUUACGCCAUAAUAUAUUGGGCAUCAUGAUGUUAAACAGUUUCCCCAAAUUUUCGAGACGUAUACAUAUGAAAAUGACUCCCGAACACAUUGAGAAAUUUUUCUUGCGGAUUGUGAAAGAAACAAUCGCAAUUAGGGAGCAAAACAAUAUUAGACGCAAUGAUUUCAUGGAUCAAUUGAUUGACCUAAAGAACAAUCGUUUAAUGAAAUCAGAGACUGGGGAGAGUAUGAGUUUGACAGUAGAAGAAAUUACAGCGCAGGCUUUUGUGUUCUUCAGUGCCGGAUUUGAAACGUCGUCGACUACGAUGGGAUUUGCAUUAUACGAACUGGCUCAGCGUCAGGACAUCCAGGAUAGAUUGCGUAAGGAGUGCAACGAAGUGCUGGCAAAACAUGAUGGAGAGUUGACCUAUGAGAGUCUGAAGGAAAUGGGAUACCUCUGUCAGGUUAUAUCAGAAACUCUCCGUCUGUGGACUGUGCUUCCUAUACUUAACCGCGAAUGCCUUGAGGAUUUUGUUGUGCCCGGCUAUCCGAAUUAUGUCAUCAAGAAGGGCAUGCCGGUAUUAAUUCCCGCUGGUGCCAUGCAUCGUGAUGAGAAGUUGUAUCCUAACUCGAAUGAGUUCAAUCCAGACAACUUCGAACCCGAGCGAGUGAAGAACCGUGACUCUGUGGAGUGGCUGCCAUUUGGUGAUGGACCUCGCAACUGUAUUGGAAUGCGAUUUGGGGAAAUGCAGGCUCGCAUUGGACUUUCCAAGCUCAUAACAAAGUUUAAAUUCUCUGUGUGUGAUCAGACAACUAUACCCAUCAAAUAUGAUGUAAAGAGCUUCCUAAUUUCAAGUGCUUCGGGCAUCUAUUUGAAAGUGGAGAGAAUUUAAUAAAUGUGCUUACGAAGUGUAUAAAUGUGAAUAU